UCAGUGUGCUCGAAUGACGAGUAUCCCCAAAUACUACUACUGUAACCGGGCAUAACUUUAUUCAACAAAAUUUUGUAACACCAAUCAGUUCUGUUUAUCCAAUUUUUUUGGAAAAAGACGAAAAAGGAAAGAAUCAACAGAUCUCCGAUCCAUGGCGAAGGACUUCAACGUGCCACCGGUAGUAUUUCCCUCCGGGGGAAACCCCGGUACUGGGAUAGGCCCCGGCCCCCAGCAACGUCGUCCAUCGGCUCCGUUUCAGCCUCCGAGAUCUGCAAACCCUAACAUCCCUUUCAUGUCUUUCGACGUGUCCUCUGCCCCGUCUUCCACUGCCUUCUCUACCCCUCAAUUCGCUCCCACCACCAUCGGAGGCGGUGGAAUGGGAUUCGAAGACGAGGCACCUCUCCUUGAAGAACUCGGCAUCAACACUAAACAAAUUUAUCAAAAAACCAUCUCAAUCCUCAAUCCUUUCCGGGUAAGAGCCGAUCUCCACGACGACGCGGAUCUCUCCGGUCCGUUUUUGUUCCUUAUGGCGUUCGGGCUAUUUCAGUUGCUAGCUGGAAAGCUCCACUUCGGGAUCAUAUUGGGGUGGGUUACAGUGGCGGCUUUGUUUCUUUACGUGGUGUUCAAUAUGCUCGCUGGGCGAAACGGGAAUCUGGAUUUGUACAGGUGUCUUAGCCUGAUUGGAUAUUGUAUGUUGCCGAUUGUGAUUUCAUCGGCAAUUUCACUGUUUGUGCCCCAGGGCGGGAUGUUGAUUAUGGUAAUAUCUGGGUUUUUUGUUAUAUGGUCGACCAGGGUUUGCACUAGGUUGCUGGUGGAGCUGGCUUCUUACGGGGACGAGCAUCGGGGAUUGAUUGCGUACGCUUGUUUCUUGAUUUACGCUCUAUUUUCUCUGCUGGUGAUGUUUUGAAGUGCUCAAAUGAAUUGUAACUCAGAUGGCGUGUUUAGUGUUACUUGUAGAUUAGUUUUUUGUUACUGAUUGGUUAACAUUUAGGUACGGGGGUAUUUUUGGUUGCUUUAUGUUUUUAGAAACCUGAGUUCUUUACAUAAAGAGGGUAGACUGGUGAAUAGAGUAGUGGAUGGUUGAUAUGAAGUGUUAAGGGCACUGUUCUUUUCUGUUGGAAAUAUUAUAGAAUGCUGCGCUUUUAGAAGUGUUUCUUCAGAUUCCUGAGGUUUUGUUCCAAAUGUACCUAUUUCUAGUUAUAAUUUGGUGAUUCUGAUGUGGUAAUGGAUACUUGACAUGGAUGCUCAUAGCUUGCGGGGCUUAAUGAUUUUCAAAGGACGAUGGAUUUUAGACA